UUAGUGUCGGGGGAGCUCAAGGAGAGAGUGAUCAAGAUUGAGGCCUAGUGCCGUUAGAGCGGGGCCUGGGGAGCCUCGGGGUUAGUUACCGCGGGGACCGGGCCCGGGCCUCGGUGUGGGCGGCCAUGGCCGGCCUGAGUAAGGAGGAAUACCUGAAGCGGUACCUGAGCGGCGCGGAGCCGGGCCACAAGCGGACCAGGAGAAAGCGGAAAGUGAAGAUUAAAGGCGGAGGAAUGCGGAUUGUGGAUGAUGAUGUGACCUGGAAGAGCCUUGCAAAGGAGAAGGAGAAAGAGGCAGCAGAGGAUGAGGAUGAUGAAGCCCCUGUGGUGGCAGAGUUCAUUGAUGAAAGGCCUGAAAUUGUUCAACAAAUGGAGGAAUUCCGUCUGAGCAAUAAGUGGAAAAUCUUAGGAGAUGCAAAUGAAGAAUUCCAAGAUCCUGAUGUAUUCCUACAUGCAAGUCAAGAUGGCUUGAUAACAGGUUCUGAAUCUGCACAAAGAAAAAAGAUUGAAACUGAUCCUCAGGUUCCUGAGAGAAAAACAAGGAGAAAUUCCCUUGACCUUUCACCUCCCAGGAGGGGUCGCCACGAUUCUCCUGACCUUUCACCUCCCAGGAGGCGUCGCCACGGUUCUCCUGACCUUUCACCUCCCAGAAAACUUUCUAAAAACACAGAGAAAUACAUCAAAUCUAUGGACUUGCCUCCUAGAAGAACUCGUAGUAGUUCCCCUGACUUAUCACCAGCUCGAUGUAAACGUCAUGAUUCCUCAGAUUCCUCGUCAGCUGGGAAUGCUGCACACUGUUCUGACUCUGACUUGUCUCCUCCUCGGAAAAGACAAAGUGGUUCCUUGGAUUUGCAAACAGCUGCAGGAAGGAGGGGAGCUAACGCACAAGGUUUGUCCCCCAGAAAACAAAAGAAUAGGAGAACCACUGGGUCUCCAAGGAGAUGGCAGCACCCUGAUUCUGACCUUUCACCUCCACGAAAGAGGGGUCAGUGUUCUUCUGACUCUGACUUGUCACCACCACGGAGGAAGAGGCCAGGGGCAGCUGAUACGGAAUAUACGCUCUGCUCAGACAGCUCUGAGCUGUCACCUGCUCGGCACGGCCUGCCUUCCAGUAAGCUGGCUUCCUCAAGGGGACAAGGGGCCAGUUGGGACAUGAGUCCAAGCAGAAAGUCACAAGGGAAUGAGAUGCUUUCGGGGGGUCAGACUGGUCUGAUAUCAACAGAGAUUCUGAGGAAAGAGAAAGAACACCGAAGGCAAAGGGAGCGAGCAGCAGAUUGUUUCGCAGAUGAUUCUAGGCAUGCUACUACUGUCUUUCGAGACAAAUCAGGAAAAAAGAGGGACUUAGACCAGGAGAGAAUUCAGCGUAAGAAGAAAGAAGAGGAGAAAGCAGCAAAGCAAGAAAAAUAUGCCCAGUGGGGCAAAGGAGUGGCUCAGGAAGAGCAGCAGAGAAAGAAUGUCCAGGAUGCUCUUCACGAGAUGCAGAAACCGCUUGCUCGGCACAUCGAUGACGAGGACCUGGAUCGCUUCCUCCGUGAGAAACUGCGAGAUGGAGACCCAAUGGCUGGCCUACUCGGGAAGAAGAAGGAGAAAGAAGCCAAAAAUAAAAAUGCGAGACCAGUGUAUAGUGGCCCUGCGCCCCCUCCAAACAGGUUUAAUCUCCAACCUGGAUAUCGCUGGGAUGGUGUCGACAGAUCAAAUGGCUUUGAACAGAAACGUUAUGCGAGAUUGGCAGACAAGAAGGCUGUGCAGGAGAUUGCAUACAAAUGGAGUGUGGAGGACAUGUAAACUGCUGAUUGAGAUUCGGCGUCUCCUGAGGCUCUCUGCAGAAUAAGAUAUACAAAACCUUCACUGAAACUGUGGGGUCCGAAUAUCUGGGAACAAUUAUGAUGAAAAUCUUUUUACUCUUGUUAACAUUCUGUUCUUUUUGAAUACAAAGUUUGUACUGUAUGGGUAAAGUCUGUUCUGAGAUUUGUCAUUUUGAUCAUCUAUCAUUCAGACAGCGAAUACCUGUGGUUCUAAUUGAGUAGGCAAUUCAUGUCAGAUGCUCGCUCUCUCUUCUUCCCCUGUCACCAAUACCCUAUUCGAUACUCUGCUGCCAUUAUUUCCAAAUCUGAAUUUACUUUGGAAUUUAUUUGAAUUUAAGUUUUUAAUAUUUUGUGGCUGAAAAUCUGAAUGUUUUAACAUUCUCUAGUCAUUCUCUUGAAUGCUGAGAUCAAUUUUGUUCCAUUUUAAUAAGUGGAAGCAAAUCAGUAAAAUGUUUUUUGGAAGUA